AGAGGCUGAAGUAGAGACGAGAACUGAAAAUAUUUUCUCAAACAAAAUCCGGGUUCUUUGUUCGAUAUUAUCUUCAACAGAACCAACAUUUAAAAGUCUUCUUACUUGACCACGUCUAUGUUAUAAAUGGCGGUUAUUAUGCGAGUAGCUUUGCUGCUGAUGUUGUUGUACAAUGUGAUUGUCAUUGCUUCUUCCGACGUUAACCGGACAACGGAGAAAGACUUGUUGUCGUUGUCGUCUGUGACGUCAGACGAGGAGACACGGAGGUUGCGUCGCUUGGAGGCAGAGGUGGAGAUACUGCGGCGGAGUGUGACGGAGCUGAAAGCUGCAGGGCCGUGUGCAAAACAGCAAAGCUCACUAGAAGCAGACGCCCUCAGCGUGGCACAGGAAGUUCGUGGACUACGUCAUCACGUGCAGUCGCUGAGAAUGCACUCAGAGUUGUCUGCCAUUCGUUCGGAGCUAGACGCGCUGAGGUCAAAGGUGCCUUACAACGUCACUGAAGAGGUCAGACAGCAGGCACGUGUCACAGAGCAACCAGGGAACGUUUCUCAGUCAUCGACAUCAUCAGGUUCUGUCUACACUCGCUGGGGUAAUAGUCAGUGUCCAUCUCAGUCUCAGCUUUUCUAUUCAGGUGUAAUUGGAGGAUCUCAUUACAUGCACGAAGGAGCGGCAUCCAACGCCCUGUGUCUUCCUCUCAACCCUGUCUAUGAGGACUACGUCGUUCCCGGGAGCGUGACCUACGUCUACGGGGCUGAGUACGAGGUCAACGUCCAUUCUUCCAAUGACCUUGACCCCAAAUGUUCCGUGUGUCAUACCCCACUCGCCGCCACCAUCAUGGUGCCAGCUACCAACUCCUGCCACACCGAGUGGAUGCUAGAAUAUUCGGGCAUUCUCAUGGCUGGACAUUACUCUCAGAAAGCAGCGACCGAAUUCAUUUGUGUGGACCCUGCGUUGGAGGGUAUGACGGGGUCAAAGGACGACAAAAACGGAAAACUGUUUUACUUCGCCUCCUCGUCAUGUGGGAGUCUGCGGUGUCCUCCUUACAUCAACAACAAAGUACUGAGCUGUGCUGUUUGCUCCAAAUAGUGUCUCGAUAAGGGAA